UAUAUAUCAAAUAGAAUAAUAAUGGAGUUGUCAACCACAUCUCAAGCGUACAAUGCUAUGAUCUCUGCAGAGAACUCUGUAAAGGGCAAUCCAAACACAGUGAUUGUAUUUCAACCGAUUGGAUUCGACACUUCACAGAUGUUGCCACCAGGCUCCAUCAUCACUGAUGAGGAGCAAGCGGCACGAAUCAAAGACAAAUCCAUGACCCUCAUGUACUCCACAAAGGAAGCAUCACUCCUCGAUACCCUAUUCAAGACAAUCGCUCACAAUCAGAUUGACAUCCUAAAGCAGCUUUAUACCUUUGUGGGACAGGACGAGUACUUGGCCUUGUCAAAGAUGUUGGUGACCAUCUCGAUUGGAUGUAAUAACUCAUUGAGAUUGAUGAGAUACUUUAUACAUUGUGAUUACAAGGGUAUAGUGUCGGGUGGAGGCAAGCGUAUCUUCUCAUUGCCACAGUUGAUCUCAUUCUUCCUGGAGAAGAUUGGUCAGCAGUACAUCAAAGACAUUCUGCGAACAUUCAUUCUCCAGAUCAUUCAAGACAAAGGAUUGAACUUGCAAGAGGGUGUCGACGCCACGACCGGCGCACAGCUACACGCCUACUCCAAGCAACUGGCCUCCAUCAUCACAUCAGAGGAGUCAAUUGGCAAGCUUCCAGUCCCAAUCAAGGUCGUGUCGAUGUUCUAUCACGAGCUAUGGCCACAUGAGGAGGACAAUCUGGGAGUAUCAAACUUCUUGAUCAAUACGUUCUUCUCGACAGCGUUCACAUCGCCCGAGGCAUAUGACCUCAUUCCAUCACAUAUACAUAUAUCAGCACGAUCAUCAAACAACCUGGUGAUCAUUGGACGCAUGCUAUCACAUGCUAUCACAGGUGCCUCAUGGGACUAUGGCGAACUCAAAGACAUCGAACCCAUCAAACAGAGCAUCAAACAAAUAUUCCGCGAGUCCAACUACUUCAAGACUGUACUCGGAUCAAGGUUCUCAACUCAAAGUUAUCGUUCCUGGAAUCAUUCCAUCACUCAAACUCACACAGAGGCAAUUAAGAAUUACAUGACACAGAGGAAUGAGGACGUAUCUUAUAUUGGAUAUAUAAUGAAGAAUGGAAAGAGAGGCCCAGUCAAGAGGGUGUUGGUAGUUGGUAUUAAUAAGAUAUUCACAUUCAAACAUACAAAUGGAAAGUUAGGCCGCGAGGGCCACCUGCUGGACCUGGUCGAGAUCAACAGCACCACACCACAACAGCUGGAGCUGAUCUUCAAGCAGCACAGGGUCAAUGCACAGAGUGAUGACUGCGACCACAUCAUCACGUGCAUACGUCGCAUCUACGAGUACUCGUUCAACAACUGGCCCUACCCACUCAAGAUGAAGCACAAGGUGUCGCCACCCUCGCGCCUCGAAGCCAUCGCGCCACCCGACCACACUCCAACCAGCAUAAUGGUGGCGGCGUACAAGUCCUUGUGCGCCUACCACCAGACGCCGGUCAAGCAGACGGUGUGCUGGUACAUUGAGAAUGCGUUUGUGGGCGAUGCCAAGCACAAGGUGUUCAACCUGAAGCUAUUCACCAAGCACACUCGCGAGCCACUCACCAACCAGGACCUUGUUCCACUGCUACACGCACUGCGCUAUGACUGGUACUUCCAAGAGCUCGUGAUCAAGAACUACAAAGUAGACCUCAACCUGCUCGUCUCUGAGAUGAUCGCACUCCUCUCCUCCAACACGACCUUCAACUCAAUCACACUUUCCAAUCUCACGCUGCCCAAGGAGUCCAUGAUGAUGUUGUUCGAUGUGAUCCAGAACCAAAAGUCACUCAAUCUUACAAAGUUGGACGUGUCUAAGAACUUGUUUGAUGAGAAGAGUAUUAACUCAUUCGUGGCAUACCUUCAGUAUGGUCAGACUGGCGCCAUCAAGACAUUGAAUAUCUCAUCGAUUGGAGUAUCACAGACUGCCAUCAAGCUAAUAUUCGAAGCAUUGCGUCGUGGAAGCUUUGGAUCACUCGAGUCUGUAGACUUCUCUGGCAACAAACUAUUGGACAACUGUAUUGACGUUGCACGAUGGCUGUCAAACGAGGGAUCCAGCCUUAAGGAGCUCAACCUUGCCGAUACCCAACUGAAGCCCAAGAGUCUAGUCGUUGACUAUGGCAAAUCCAAGCUUGAAGUAUUGAACUUAUCAAGGAACAUACUAAAGACCAAGGAGGACACAGCAGUACUGAGCCAGUUGUUUGCAAACUUGACAAACUUACAGUCGAUAUUGUUGGUGCGAACACUGAUACCUUCCGACAGCAUUAAGGAGUUGUUGAGCUUCAUUGAUAAGCGUAGAUUGACAACGUUCAACAUUGGCGAGAAUCAAUUGGUUAGAUUGUCAAUCACCAACCUGAUCGCAUGCUCCGCCAUUCACAACAUCAAGGUAUUGGACCUCACAGAGAAUGAGAUAACUGAUGGGGGUGUCAAGGAGUUGGGCCGUGCACUAUACGGCAACCAGAGCAUCACCAAGCUGGUCCUGGACGGUUGCUUCCGCGGCAGUCCGGGUGCGCAGCGAUCCAAAGCCGUGUUGGCCAUCUCCAACUUCUUGCAGUCGAGCAAGACGAUCGAGGUGCUAAAGAUGCGUGGAGGACCCAAGGCCCAACAACAGUUGCAGCGUUGCAUACUGCCUCUGCUCCUCUCGCUUGGAUCCGUGCAGUCUCUCAAGAAGCUGGAUAUCUCGUGGCACAUGAUGGGCAACCAGGGCGCAGUGGCGCUGGCCAAGGCCAUCUAUCAGAACCGAUCGAUCAGGACACUGUUGGUGGACAACAAUGGCAUUGGAAGCAUGGGUUUGGCCAACAUCAAGAACUCACUCAAACAGAACUAUAUCAUCAAGGAGAUGCCCAUUCCAAUCUAUGACAUCCACGAUAUCUAUCGCAAUGAUAGUAGUACCGGAGUUGAACAAAAGAAGACCAGGUCACUCCUACUCAAGAUUGAGUUGUAUCUGUUGAGGAAUCAACAA